AUGAAGCCAAAAUCAAGUGUCGUUUGGAAUUAUUUCAAUGAAGUUUCUGGGAAUACGGCAAAGUGUAAACUAUGUCAGAAGAUAUAUUCACGAAAGGGAGGUACGACUACUUCGUUAAAAAGUCAUUUAAAGUUUGUGCAUGCCACUGAAUUGGAAGAAUUCGCAAAAUUAGAAACUGAAAAGAAAGAUACAGUGCAGCCUUCGACUUCAACGCCUGUACAAGAGGUAACAAAACAAAUUACUCUCAAGGACACUUUGACGAAGAAUCAAAAAUGGUGUAGUUCUGACCCUAAAUCAAUCGAAAUAGAGAAAUUGAUUUCUGAAAUGAUUUCUUUGCAAGAUCUCCCCUUCACUUUCGUGGAAGAUUGUGAUGAACAAAUCAAAAACUUAAUAACGAAAUGCCAAAAAAAUGCGACGCAAUUUAAUCACCCCCAAAUUGCUCAAUCGGAAUUGCAUAAAAUACAAAAGGAACAACUUAACCAAGAUGUUUUAGGUGUGGUGCAGGAGUAUAAUACGCGGUGCAAUAGCACAUUUUAUAUGUUGGAACGAAUGAUUAAAAUACAGGAUUCACUUUGCUUUUACGCAAGUAAACACAAUAUCCCACAAAUAUCUCCUGAAGAAUGGCUGCAGCUCAAGAAACUAUUUACCAUACUUCAUUCUUUUGAGGAGAUUACACGGAACAUGAGCGACAUUAACACAAGUAUCUCAUCAGUAAUUCCGUUAAUACAUACAUUAAAGCAUUCGUUACAAAUAGAAGACAAUAAGCCAGACACUAAUGAAAUAUUUAAAACUGUAAUAAAAUGUACUAUCGACCAAAUGAAUUCAAGAUUUGAAGACCAUCAUUCUUAUAAAUUGUUUGCAAUAGCUACAUAUCUGGAUCCUCGUUACAAAGGAAAAAUUUUCAGCGAAGUAAUUAAGGAAGAGGUUGAGUCCGAAUUGAUGAGUUUAUUUAAUGGUGGAAAUAAAUCUGCAAAUGAGGUUCAAAAUAUUGACGUUCCUGCAUAA